AGCGGAUAUUCAAAAUCCAAGAUAAAGUUUGGAUAUUACAUAUUAUUAUGGCACUGAUAACAAUAUUGUGUGUAAGACAGGUAGACCUCGGCGUCUCCAGAUAAAGUUUGUGUACCUAGGUCAGUUGUGUCUAAAUAUACCUGAUAUGACAACUGCAAACUGCAAUGAACUUUUUGACCUUUGCAUAACUUAGGCAUGGGAAGUAAACAUACUGUUAAAAGUCAUUCAAAGCUGUGAAAUAUUCAAACACUUUCUGAAAGUUCAAAUUCUCGAAUUCCUACAGAUCUGGAUCAUAAUGUGCCCAAAUUCCAGUCUUUCAAGAACAAUGUUGUAAUACACACGUUACAUCAGGAUUCACGUAGCACCGGUGAGAAAUGUCUUUAGUAGGCGCACUGGCGAGAUGCAUCCUCGCAGUUCUCAGUUUUCUACAACGUCUGUUGCCACAUAGGAAAGGAACAAUUCCAGAGGCGGGAUUUAUCUUAAACAAAUUACUGGAGUCUGUAUUUGGAGACGACAAUCUGUUAAAACUUGAAUUUCUGACAGAUUUCUACGAAGAUUUUGGUUUAUUCCGCUUUGAUAACAAAAUAUACAUUUUCGAUCAGAAAUUAACACAAACUGUGAUUAACAAACUGGAGAAAGGAGCGCAUGAUUAUUUAGAAAACUCUCCACUUAAAGAUACGAUACUGGGUUCAACAAAUCGGAGUCCGGAAGUCAGACGGGCGAUAGCGACUAUCUUCAGAAAAUCUGUUCUUGAAGAGAAAGGAAAUUUGAUAAUCAAAGAUGUGGAGAAGUUCUGUGAUAAUAUAGCAGACGAAGCUAAUGCAGGUCAGCUUGUGAAUGUCACGGACUGGUCAUUACGGAUGGCUAUGGAUGUUGUGGGACAUAUGUUGUUGCAGUUAGACAUGCACGCACUGGAGGGACAACAAAAACUACUACUGAAAUGUCUGAUGACAAUAUUACACAGAUGCUACGCGUUAGGGGAGAUAACUGCUGACAGUAAGGAGUUCAAAGAAGCAAACGACACAUUUGAAAAGCUCACAACAAAAAUCCUAGCAGACGCUCUGAAAAUAGAAGAUCGUCACGAAGAGAAACGAUUAGUGGUUAAACUGCACGAGGCGUGUGGUUUUGACUUGGCUCGAGACAAUAUGAAAUUGUUCCUAAUGGCGGGUUCUGAAACUACAGCUGCUACAAUACCAGUGCUGGUUUACCUGCUAACCACCUAUACAGAUGUACAGGAAGAACUGCGAGAAGAGGUUGACGAAAAUAUCGACGCUCUGUAUAAAGAUCCUUCGCUUGCACUUCCAAAACUUGAAGCCGUCCUGAAAGAAGUUUUACGUGUGUACCCGAUAGCUCCUUUCAUCAGCAGACAGACGCUUGAAGAGGUCAAUGUGGGAGAUUUUACAUUCGAAGCAAACACUGACAUAAAAGCGUUCACAUGGGGUAUUCAUCGCUCCCAGAGACAGUGGUCAAAAUCGAAAGAAUUUAUUCCGUUUAGGUUUCUGGACAACACCAGUCGGGUAUCCUCUAAAAUGUACAUACCAUUUGGGGCUGGUUCGAGAGUGUGCAUAGGCCAGCACCUCGCCUGGUUAGAGCUUAAAAUUGCCACAGCUGUCAUGCUUCACAGAUUCAAUAUUUCAAAGGUUCCAGAGACUCGAACUCUCAGAUUUGUGACAGACUGGGCUCACGCUGUUGUUCAUCCAGACAAAGACUUGCUGUUUCGGUUUGAAGUCAGAUAAUUUGUAUUUAAAUAAAUAACUCGGAAAUUUUA